CACAUUCUCAAGCAUCCAGAACAAGAAUUAUAAUCUCCACCUUCACAAUCAAUAUGUUCUCAGCCCUCUUGACUCUUGCUCUGGCUGUUGCAGCACUUGCAGCACCAGCACCUACCUCUCCUGCGCCACCUGCAGGCCAAGUUUCUAUCAAAAGCAUCACGUAUGGAGGCACUGGAUGUCCCCAAGGCUCAGUCGGCUCCUUCAUCUCAGAUGAUAAGCAGACCUUCACCCUCAUCUUCGACAACUACGUCGCCUCAAUCGGCCCUGGAGUGGCCGUCACCGAGAACCGCAAGAACUGCCAAAUUAAUCUCGACCUCUCCUACCCGUCCGGCUUCCAAUACAGCGUCUUCAACACCGUAUAUCGUGGAUAUGUCGGCAUUGACGCUGGUGUAACUGCUCGCCAACAAUCCACAUUCUACUUCUCUGGCCAAUCCGCACAAUGCAGCACAGGCACCAACUUCAGCGGCCCCAAAUCCGGCGACUACUCCGUAACCGAUUCCCUUCCCCUCACAUCCGUAGUCUGGUCCCCGUGCGGCGCUUCCACGGCCUUGAACAUCAACUCUCAGGUUAGACUUGCUAGUACGAGCACCUCUGGCACUGGACAAAUCACGGAUGAUUCUGUGGAUGGGAAGAUCACGUUCGUUGUUGGUGUGCAGUGGCAGACGUGCUAGUCUGGCGUGCAAUAGGGGGCGGAAGGGGGUUUUACUUCGUGGCUGAGAUUUGAUUCGAGGCUCCUCUUUUAGGGAUUAGGUUGAUGGACGAGGUGGGCUC